UGAAAGAGAUAAAAUGUUUGUGGAUACAGCUAAGAAAUUAAUGGAAGUAAAAUGCUAUACAUGUCAUGAAAAAGAACACAUAUCACCUGAUCAUAAAGAUGGAAUUAAGAAAAUACAAGAACCAUUUGAAAGAAGGAAUAGUUACCCAGGAAGAAAUACAAGCUAUAACAAUAGGAAUAUAGGAUAUAGUAGGACUAACAAUUAUAAUAGAAAUGGAAGUAGUUACAACACUGGUUAUAAGAAAAGAUAUUGA